GGGAGAGGUGGAGAGCAGGAUUGAGAAGAGUCAGGGGGAGACUGUCACCCACCUCUCCGAGGAGAUUUCCCGUCUCAGCAGCCUGAUCAGGGAGCUGGAGGGGAAGUGCCAGCAGGCCGCCAGUGACCUCCUGCCGGGCAUGAGGAGCAGGCUGAGCAGGUGCAAGAAGGAGCAGUUCCAGCUGCCAGAGGGGAUUUACCCAGAGCUGGAAACAAGACUCAGCAUCUUGUCUGGACAAACGCUAGCUCUACAGGAGACUUUGAAGAAGUUUCAAGAGACUCUGGCGUCCACCUUGGAGAAGGUCAAAAGGGUACCAAAGGGAUCAUACACAAAGGCGAUGGUGACUCUGGAUCCAGACACGGCAAAUCCCUACCUUGUCCUUUCUGCGGAUCGGAGAAGUGUGAGAUGGACAGACACACGGCAGCCUGUGCCUGACAAUCCUGAGAGAUUUGAUGUGAACCAGUGUGUGCUGGGCCGGGAGGGAUUCACCUUGGGGAGACACUGCUGGGAGGUGGAGGUGGAGGUGGAGAUGUGGCGGGGAGACUGGGCAGUGGGGGUCACCAGAGAGUCUGUGAGGAAGAAGGGAUGGGUCAGAUUGAGCCCCGAGGAGGGGAUCUGGGCAGUGCAGCGCUGUGGGGAUCAGGUCCAGGCUCUCACGGCCCCUGCUCCCACCCGCCUGUCCCUGCGCCGGGUGCCCAGGAGGGUGCGGGUCUGUCUGGACUGUGCGGGGGGGCAGGUGUCGUUUCUCGAUGCUGACACCGAGGCCCCGAUCUUCACCUUCCCGCCGGCCUCCUUCGCUGGGGACAGAAUCCGGCCCUGGUUCUCGCUCUGGGCGUCGGGGCCUGGGUCCGAGCUGAGACUGUGCCAUUGAGUGAUGGGGGAACAGCCGGGGAAUGGACCCCCCACGUGGGGAAACGGGCCGCUCUGGCUUCCCAUUCUCUAUGACCCCGGAGGAGUCCCCUCUACCCGCCCCUGUCCCCUCCUCUCUGCCCCGGGGAGCUGCCCAGGUGCAAGGUGCUGUUUGCACCCACAAGCCCAUCCCGUUGCAGCAGGCAGCACCAGACCGGUCUGUCCUGGCACUCGGUGGCCCUGGAGGACUCGAGCACGGCCACCAGAAUGGGCCCUUGGGGAUGCCACCGGCUUUGGUGCCACCACCCUCUGCAGUGCCAGCAUCCCAGGGCUGGGGCUCAGGGCCAAGUGCCUCUGGGUGCCCUUUGCCCAGAGUCCGGCUGGGGCUGGGGCUAGGGGUGGGAGGCUGCCUGGGGUUUGCAAUGGCUUUCACUCCCCCUUUUCUCUCCCUUCUUCUCCCCUGUGCUGGCUCCUUGCUCGGGCUCACACAGAGGACGUCCCAUGCAAGUUAGACACUGCUUUUCCUGGACCUGGUCUUGGGCCUUUGGCCUUCUUCACCACGAGGCCGCUCAAGCUGGGCCAUGCUCUUAUUUACCCACAAGCCUCCUCCCUCCCUUGGGGCAGCCGCGUGGCACCGAUGGUGGCGCAGGAACUCCACUAACCUUCAUGGAGGUGUUUUCCACCUCCAGAUGUUGACCACACAAACUGGGAUUGGAGGUAAAUUAGGGCUAAAAAGUGAAAGCAUUUGCAACUUUUAUUUUCUCCAAACCAGUUUUUAGGCAAUUCUUAGCCCAACAGGAGAGUUUUAUGCUGGAAAUCUUUUGGGUUACAGCAGGCUCACCUAGAAGUGCUCUGUGUUUCCAAUUAUUAGGUAGUAGAUUAACAAGCUUCCCAUGUUGUUUCCAUUGUAUUUGUCCUUGCUGCCUCCCCACAAAGGAUGAACAACCACUUUCACCGGGAAUCAAAGGGUUUCACCCAGGGACUCUUGACAGAGCAACAGACCGUCAGAGCCGUUUACAAAAAGGAAACAUCCAGCUCAUGCUCUAGUCCAGGGGUCAGCAACCCCUGGCACGUGUGCCAAGCAUGACAUACGAGGCCAUUUUGCUCAGCACACCACUGCCAGCCUGGGCUCUAGGCAACUGGUGCCAGCCACAAAGCCCAGGCCUCUCCCGGCAGGCAGCUGGGCAGCUGCAAGCCCUGCAGCAAGCAGACUGGGCUCCGUGGCUGGCAGCAGCUACCCAGAGCCUGGGCUGGCUGCAGCCAGGAGGCUGCAAACAUCUGCUCUGGGCUCUGGCAUCAGCUCCAUACCAGCAGGUGCACACGAGGCUUGUAGUGGAUGGUGGGGGAGGCCCCUGAGGCAGCGCAACCCCGGCCUCUCCCCAGCUGCUGGCACAGAGCUGAUGACUCGGCUGCAGGGCCCGGCGCAGCUGUUUGUAGCCAGCGUCGGCUCUGGGCAGCUCCACGGCCCCAGCAUCAGCUCCGUGCUGGCC